CGGGAUGUGGGUUGGGAUUUCUUCCCUAUGUGUACCACUGCGGGUGGAGGGGAAGCUGUGAUUUCCACUCCCGCUGCCCGUGCGCGUCCCGGCGGGGGCUGAGCGCGGACAGCUCACCACAGGCAUCCGGGGCCGUCCUCACCCCCGCUCGCCCCUUCCCCGCACUCCGCCCGCCGCAAAACCGGCACCAAGUCGCUCCGGGCUCCCGUCCCAGCGGUGUCCCCCGCCUCCCUGCGGCCUCCGUCUUCCCUGCAGGGGAAGGAAAUCACCAAAUCCCGCCCUGUAAGCGGCGGACAUAGCUUUGCCUCCUCCCUGCCAGGGCGCCCGGAAAAGAGGAUGGCCGAUUCAGACACCUACCUGCGGCAGCCCUGGCGCACCGUGCAUGGCAUCCCCAUGGUCAGUGCCUUCGCCCUCAACUGGGAACAGGUUGACAGUUUCCAGGCCCGUCCUGAGGACAUCGUGGUGGUCACCUUCCCCAAGUCUGGCACUACCUGGGUCAGUGAGAUCGUGGACAUGGUCCUGAAAGGCGGUGACCCAGAAAAAUGCAAGCAGGAUGACAUUGUGAACCGGGUGCCCAUGAUGGAGUUUGCUGCCCCUGGGAAGAUGGCAGCAGGCACAGAGCAGCUGGAAGCCAUGCCAUCCCCUCGCAUCAUCAAGACCCAUAUCCCAGCUCACAUAUUGCCCAAAUCCUUCUGGGAAAACCACUGCAAGAUGAUCUAUGUGGGGCGCAAUGCCAAGGAUGUGGCUGUCUCCUACUACCAUUUUGAUUUAAUGAACAAGUUCCACCCGCACCCAGGGACAUGGGCCCAGUACCUGGAGGAGUUCAUGGCUGGCAGAGUGGCAUAUGGUUCCUGGUACGACCACGUCAAGGACUACUGGGAGCGCAGGAAGGAUCACCCCAUUCUCUACCUCUUCUACGAGGAUUUGAAGGAGGACCUCCGUCGGGAGAUUGCCAAGGUGGCCCAGUUCCUGGGGCAGAAGCUGUCGGAGGCAGCGCUGGACACCAUCACCCGACACACUUCCUUUGAGGCCAUGCGGGACAACCCUGCUACCAACUACAGCAAGGUGCCCUCCGACCUCAUGGACCACGGCGUGUCCCCCUUCAUGCGCAAAGGCACCACCGGAGACUGGAAGAACCACUUCACCGUGGCCCAGAACGAGCGCUUUGACCAGGACUAUGCGCAGAAGAUGUCGGACACCGACCUGUGCUUCCGCACUCAGCUCUGAGGAGGCACCGCUGCACACCCCCCAAAUCUGUCCUGUGCUGUGAUGGCACUGCUGCCGUUCCUUCUUCUCCCCUGAGACUGCUGGAGAGAAAUAAAA